CUGCGCUGAUCAUUGAACCUUUAACAUGGUUUUGCAAGUAAGCAACGCAAACAAUGUCAAGAUCUACACCGUUUCUGGCGGUUUGGGAUCUAGAUCAAUUCCCGAUUGGUUGGCUAGACAGAAGAAGAAGACCCUCAAGAAAGAUCUCGAAUACAGACAAAGAAUCGAGUUGAUUCAAGACUUUGAAUUCCCAGAAGCUUCCAACAAAAUUAAGUGUACGGCUGAUGGCAACUACACUGUUGCAACCGGUGUAUACAAACCACAAAUGCGAGUCUACGAGUUUGCUGAAAUGUCCAUGAAAUUUGAACGACACACCGACGCUGAAAACGUCAACUUUGAGAUUUUAUCCGAUGACUGGACCAAAACCGUUCAUCUGCAAACCGACAGAUCAAUAGAGUUCCAGGCUCAAGGUGGUAUUCACUACAGAACUCGUAUUCCAAAGUUCGGUCGCGAUCUCGCAUAUCAUUACCCCAGUUGUGAUCUCUUGGUGGGCGCAGCAGGCAAUGAAGUCUAUCGACUCAAUUUAGAGCAAGGACGAUUUUUGAAUCCCAUUGCCACCGACUCAGACCUUGGUGUCAAUUGCACAGAGGUCAACCCUGCCCAUCAAUUGUUCGGAUUCGGUACAGCUCAAGGAACCGUCGAGUUCUGGGAUCCUCGAUCCAGAUCUCGUGUCGGUUUGUUGCAACCUCAAGUUCCCGCUACCUUCGGUAAUACAGAUUCGACCGCACUGGAAGUAUCAGCUCUCAAAUUCCGCCAUGAUGGUUUGAGUUUGGCUGCUGGAACAAACACUGGACACACUCUUUUAUACGAUUUGCGAUCGAAUGUGCCAUGGCUUGUGAAGGAUCAUCAGUACGGGUUCCCUAUCAAAACUCUUCAUUGGCACGACGGUAUCUCUGCGAGCUCAUCAGAAAGCUCUGGCAAGGUCAUCGUUUCUGAUUGCAAGAUUGUCAAAAUUUGGGAUCGUCUUAAUGGCGCACAUUUCACAUCUAUCGAACCUGAAACAGAUAUCAAUGAUGUUUGCACAGUUGAUAAUAGUGGUUUGCUGUUCACGGCUAAUGAGGGUAUUCAGAUGGGUGCCUACUAUAUACCUCAACUUGGCCCUGCACCAAAAUGGGCAUCUUUCUUGGAUAACUUGACAGAAGAGAUGGAGGAGAACCCAUCUCAUAACAUCUAUGAUGACUACAAGUUUGUGUCUCGCAAGGAGCUCAACGCACUUGGUCUUGAACAUCUUAUUGGUACUGAUACCCUCAAGGCAUAUAUGCAUGGUUUCUUCGUCGAUUUGAGAUUGUAUGAGAAGGCCAAGUUGAUUGCUAAUCCCUUUGCCUAUGAUGAUUACCGUGAGCGCAUUGUACGGGACAAGAUUGAGAAAGAACGAUCCUCUCGUAUUCGUGCCACCAACAAACUUCCAGCCGUUAACAAGGAACUGGCCAAGAAACUGCUUGAUGAAGGCAAGAAGAAGAAGGCCAAGAAGGAAGGACAAGUUAAUCCCAUGGACGAUGAUCGUUUCAAGGAUAUGUUUGCUGAUGCUGACUUCCAAGUGGACCAAGAAUCUAAUGAGUACAAGUUACUUCAUCCUACACAAUCUAAAAAGGAACGACAAAAUGCUCCAUCUGAUGAUGAGGAAAUGUCAGAUGCUGAAGACGAACAAGACGGUUCAGAUGUGGACUCUGACGAUAGCCAGAGAAUGUCGGGCGAUAGCGACAGUGAUGAUGAUAUCAUCUCCAAGAUUCGUAAAGAACGAGGAGGUCAUGUUCGCAGUAAGAAGGCCAUUCAGACAACCAUUCGAUCACAGCCACAUGAGAGAUGGACUCCCAAGGAGAAGACCAAGGCAGGAAAGCGAGAACUUGAAAUGCGUAUGGGCAAUACCAGCAAUUCUGGACGAGCCGUUGGUGUUACCAAGAAGGAUAUGCGACGAUCCUUCGGUGAUCGUGUCGCUACUGCAUCCAAAUCCAACGAUGGCCACCGUGUUUCUCGAACGGCUAUGGGUGGUAUGGAAAUGUCUUUCAAAUUGCAAUCCAAGAAGAAGAGAGAUAAUGGACCGUCAUCGGCUGGUGGACCUGACCGAAGACAGCGACGUAGUGCCAGUAAAAACACCUUCAGAGGCAUGUAACCUCGACUUUUCUUUUUUGUUGCAUAGAAAUCAUUAUCCAAAAUCACUUGUUGCUUUUAUUGUACAAAAUAUCAAUUUAGAAACACGACACUUUUGCAUUUGGUCU